GUCGACUGACCCGUAUUUGGCCGGGGGCGGGCAGCAAUCAGGAUGGCCUGACGAAUACACAGUAAAAACUCGGCGUAUAUACACCACGGGAGUUCAGGAUAGGACAAUCCGUACACGGCCCCAUCAUUCUGUUAAAAAACCCUAAGACAAUUAUGAGAUAUCAUUGAUUUCGAUACUUUCAAAACGAAAGACGGCUAUGGAGACUUAAGCCACGAGUUUGAAUUCCAAGUUGCCACUGUUGACAUCACGGUAGUCAAAAGAUAUGUACCAUUUGUUGACUUACGGCAUAAAGUUAACAAACUGCAACUGUUUGGAGCGGUGCUAUUGUUGCUUAAAACCAACUCACUUGCCUUAUACCUGUUACAAACACGGAUCGCCCACUUAGCUGAAUCGACUCGGAAAAAGUUUUUUUUUCCACUCUGGGUUUUUUUUGUACAAGAGGGGAAGAUAAAAAGGGGAGAAGAAAGAACCUGGGGACACAUAUCCCCUGUAACCCCGACUCUGUAAGCCUAUACACUUUUAAUAUAAGCAUGGACGGUAGGCCUGUGUAUUGUUGUUUGCCGUAAGAAAGAGAACAGUGGAUGCCACGGCGUGGCCGGAGGCAAGAUUUGUAAUUAUGCCGGUUCUCGCGAGACCCGCGCAGUGCGUGAUGCCCGCCAGCGCUUUCUGAUCGCCAACGGCCCUGAAUUCUCCACUCUUCGCCAUCAUUCGACUGGGUUCAUGAGCCCCACACGUAUUUUGCACCAAAAUCGCUGCGAUUUACUUGCGAGAGAGACGUGCGACGUUGUGAUUCUCCGAGAAAUACGACCAAAAAACCCGAUCCACCAAUGACCUCCGUGUGUGACUCCCGGGGACACAGCCCACUCGCACUUCGACCUUCUCCUGAAUUUCCAGAUUCCAAAGUGAUCCAGAUGUCGAAUGGAAGAAGUUCAACUGACUUUUCAUCACCGUAUGCGAUGGAAAUUGUUGAUCAAAAGAUAUCUACGUCAUUCAUGUCCGGGAUCAAGCGAAAGAUGUCAUCAUCGCUCUCUCCAUCACCAGUGACCACGCCCACCGCAAACUCUGUGACACCACCACCAGCACCAUCGUCCACAGGUAUCACCACCCCUUCUACCACCCAACAUCAAUCCUCGUCAACAACUCAACACAACGGUGUACCUCGAGUGGCGCCCAAUACCCGUUACACCGCUCCUGUCCACAUCGAUGUUGGAGGGCAGAUUUACACCAGUACACUGGAGACGUUGACCAAGUUUCCAGAGUCACGGCUGAGCAAGCUCUUCACUGGUCACAUACCGAUCAUCUUGGACUCUCUGAAGCAACACUAUUUUAUCGACAGAGAUGGCCAUCUCUUUCGGUACAUCCUAAAUUUCAUGCGGACGUCGAGGCUGCUUCUCCCUGGUGACUUCACCGAAGUGGAGGCUCUGUACGAAGAAGCACGAUACUACAAUCUCACCCCGAUGAUGGAAGCUCUUGAGCAGAUGAAGUCUUCUGAAGAAUCUUCAAAGACCACUCAAGAGAAGCGAGAGAAGGCACCGGUCAUCAAGGUAGAAAGUGGUUGCACCGGUAACGAAUGCGUCAUCGUCCAUACGUCACCAGACUGUGUCGAGCGUAUCUCCCUCAGUGGCAACAAGAAUAUCAUCUAUGAGUUGUUUCCAGAGGUAGGGAGCGUCAUCUGUAACUCCAGCCCACCGGCUGCAGCUGGUUGGGCACAAGAUUCGAACUGCGUCAUAAGGUUUCCAUUGAAUGCUUUCUGUAAGUUGUACACGAUACAGGUCUUGCAGCGCCUGCUUCAGAACAAUUUCGUCGUGAUUGCGUCCAGCGGAGGGGGUAUCGAAGGGUCGCAGUUCAGUGAGUACGUCCUCACUAGGAAAUAUGGACAGCUUACGUAACUCUACCUCACCAAGCCUGUAACCCUAAAUGCUCCAUAUCUCUCGAAUGUGAGAAAUGGAUGGCGAACAGAAAACACUUUGAAACUUUGAAUAUAUCGCUUUAUAUAACCAGAUAGUUGUGGAUAUAGCUAAUAUUCCAUAGCAACAUUGUAUAUGUCACCAGAUCAACAAGGCAUGCUGAUGUUUGUCCGGCAGAACAGGGUCAUGAAGCGCCCUCUAUUGAACCUUUUGAAAUCUCUGAUCUUGGAAUCAAGAGGAAAUUUGAUCUUAACCAAGACAUCUUUUCAUAAAUCGUAUCGACAGUGGGUCAGAAUGGAAGUAAGCUGUCAACUGUUAUGACUGUCACAAUAGAAAAAAAUAUCUGAACAUAUGAACGUGGCGAUUUCACCAAAUCGCGACUGUUUUUGCCAGUUUGUCUUAAUAAGAAGAUCAUUAUUUCUUUCUUACUUGAAGUCAACGGUAUUUAGGUAACGAUAGAUCAUCAGAAAACACCAAUAUUCAACAGUCUUCGGAAAUUAGAUUCCCAUUAGAAUCUGUCAGGCCAAUUACCGAAAUGUUACAUAUAUAUUGUGUUGUCGGUUCACCGAAAAAGGUCUGCUAUUAAUUUUCUACACUAAGAAAACAAAAUUUGCCAAAUUAUGAACAUUAUCAUGUGCACAGUUUAGCGCGCCUUUUCAACACCGCGUGAGCGCGACCUUACAACCUACAUAUUCUGAGCCAUUAAAGGUGCAUCGUUACAUUAUUAGGGUAAAGAUUAAAAUUCCAAGGUACCCCAAAAUUAAAAUGGGUGCAUCUUUACACCUUCCAAUAUAAGGUACACGACAGAGCCCUUUAACUUGUUUUGCUCUCAUUGUUUUAAGAUGGAAAAAUCACAUCUUGUAUUUUAUUAUUGAUAUUUGAUUGAUGUCAUAUAUUACUAUAUGCUUACCAUUUUUUUCAUAGAAAAUACUACAAACUAGGUUGUGACAACGUUUAUGUGACAUGUUUAUUUUGAGUGUAUCAUGUAAAAAUCUUUCAAACAUUUAUUUGUAAAUUAUUUAUCAGAAAUAUUUUGUUAAUGUAAAUGUUGAAGUAUAUGUUCCAAUGAUGUUCAGUCAGUGUCAUCUCAUAUUUUAAUAGAUUUACAUCGAUAUAUCGUGAUGGUACCUGAUUUUGUCGUAAAUCUAUUCCUUUUUUUUAUAUAAGCGAGCGAGACCGAUCAAAGUAUAUUAUAAGAUUUAACGACACUAAGAUUACUCUGCAUGUGGAAAUUUAUUCUAAUUGAAAAAUAAACAAGUGUAAUUAAUGUUCUUUAUCAGAAAUUGGUGAACCGGGACCGCUGAUCGUCGUAAUAUUUUUAGCCGACGAAAAUUUCGAUGUCGUGUGUCCAGAGUCCAGGAUUCCCCGAAUUUCGACAAAGACUGCUCUAUCAUGAUGAACACUUGACAAUAGAUUUCCUAUGUUGGAGAAUCCAUCCCCGUCGCGAUUGCAAAAACUCGCUAUUUAAGCCAACACUGAAACUUACACAUGUACCUGUUUCGCGCUUCACGAACUCAAAACUUUUUUUUUGCAGUAAUGAAGCCUUUGACGAAAAUAUAAGCUGAGGGUAUCCCGUGGGGAAAGUGGCUUUGUUAUUAAGGGCUUGGUAACCCUUAGGGUUCAGACAUCCCCUUUAGCUAAACUACCCACUAGUCUCCCUGUUGUUCUUAUAUGAUCACAAUCUUACUAAUAGUCCGUAUCCUGUCACGGCUCAAACUAAAGAAACUUUGUCUUCGUUUUAUCUCAAAGACAGUCAAAAGUAUCGAAGUCGGAGGAGUGAAAGGAAAUAUAUUACAAAUGUUUGUUUAAAAUUGUCAUUGCGUGAGCGAUUCCGAUCUUUGCAGUGUCCUGGUUUUCACUGGCAUAUUCGAGUAACAUCUUUUAAUAACAACAACUAUGAAAACUUUCUUGGAGCUCUAGAAUCCUUCCUUUUAAAACAUAAAUGGUUUUAUUGUA